UAUGGCUAAAGUCUACGAGUCGUCUGCACUAGGAUCGUUACCACCUUCGAAAUCGAAUGAUUCUAGUUCGAAAGAAGAUGAUCUUGAUAAUAUGCGUAAAGAAGCGGAAAAGGUUAUGGCUUAUAAAACCGAUUCGCAAGCGCAACCAGUCAAUUCUAAAUCUAAGAAAACAACAACGGAAACGACUAUCAAAGACGGUAAGAAAAUUACUAAACAAAUCAUCGAAGAAACUAUUGUUGGACCUGAUGGAAAAGAGAGAACGACCAGAAGAGAGAUAAUUAGCACUGAAGCCGAAAAUGAACAGGAAGCCAAAAAGAAGAAUGAAGGAUUUUUUGCUAAGCUACUGAAAAAGGACCAAUCUGGAAGUGAUAAACCAAAACCUCAACAAAAAUUGAGUGCCUUUAUCGAUGACGUCGUUAAAACUCACAACAAGUGUAGAAAACAACACGGCUGUCCUGAUAUAAAGCAGAACAAAGAAAUAAGUGUACUAGCUCAGACUUGGGCGGACAACUUGGCUAAAACAGGGGACUUGAAACAUUCGAAUCAUACCUAUAAGGGUGACCAAUUGGGUGAAAAUGUCGCAACAAAAUGGAGUUCUGUUGGUGGCGAUUACAACGGACAAGAAGUAACAGAUCAAUGGUAUAAAGAAAAAGAGAAAUUUGACUUCGCUGACCCUAAAUUUGCACCUGGAACUGGACACUUUUCACAAAUUGUUUGGAAGGGAACUAAAGAAAUCGGAGUUGGGAGAUCGUACACAACUGAUGGAAGAGUAUUCGUUGUUUGUAACUACUAUCCAGCUGGUAACGUAAUAGGGAGAUUUCAAGAAAAUGUUCCAAAAGGAAAAUAG